AUGCCCCAACCCCCCAUCACCGUCCUAAUAAUAGGCGCCGGCUUCGCCGGCCUCACCGCCGCAAUCGAAUGCACGCGGCACGCGCAGCGCGUCAUUCUCCUCGAAGCGGCACCCGCACUCAAGCCCCUCGGCGACAUCAUCAGCCUGGGCCACAACGCCGGCCGCAUAAUCCAGCGCUGGGACGGCGGGCGCGUCGCCCGCGAACUCGCGCCGCUCUGCCACCGCAGCAGCGGCAUGGCGGUGCGCAGCGCCGACGGCGAGCUGCUUGUGCACCAGGAGUGGGCCGACAGCGACGCGGCGUUUGCAAAGGGCGACGGCGAGAAGUUCAACGGGCACCGCGCCGAGAUCCACGAGGUGCUGUGGCGGCACGCGCGGCGUGUGGGCGUCGACGUCCGGCUCGGCUGCCGCGUCGAACGCUAUUUCGAGAGCGCGGACGGCGCGGGCGUCGUCCUUGCUGGCAGCGGAGAGAAAGUCACCGCUGAUGUCGUGCUCGCGGCUGAUGGCGUGCGCUCGACGGCGCGGACCGCCGUGCUGGGCUACGAGGACCGCCCCAAGUCGUCCGGCUACGCGAUUUGGCGCGCGUGGUUCUCGGCCGAGGAGCUGGCGAAGGAGCCCCUGACGAGGCAUUUGGUCGUCGAUGGCGAUAGGCAUGAGGCCUGGAUCGGGCCCGACGUGCAUUUUAUCGCCGCGUCGCUCAAGGGCGGGAAGGACUUUAGCUGGGUGUGCACGCACAAGGACACCACCGACGUCAAAGAAAGCUGGUCCGCGCCCGGCAGCAUCGACGAAGCCCUCGCCGUGCUCGCAAACUGGGACCCGGUGGUGCGGGCCAUCGUGCGGCUAACGCCGCCCGCCCGCCUCGUCGACUGGAAGCUCGUCUACCGCGACCCGCUUCCAACGUGGGUCUCGCCCGGCCGCCGCAUCGCGCUGCUCGGCGACGCGGCGCACCCGUUCCUGCCCACGUCGAUCCAGGGCGCGAGCCAGGCGAUGGAAGACGGCGCCACGCUGGCCGUGUGUCUUGAGCUUGCCGGGACCGCAGGGACCGCAGGGACCGGUGCAGCGGAGGGGACUAGGGCUAGAAACGGGGUCCCAGAGGCGCUGCGCGCCUACGAGCGCAUCCGGUACGAGCGCGUGCGCAGGGCGCAGAAGACGGGCGAGUCCACGCGCGAUCGGUGGCACAAGGCGGAUGUGGAGCAAGUGAGGCGGGAUCCGGAUGCUGUCAAGCUGCCUCGCGAGGAGUGGCUGCUGGGCCAUGAUGCCGAGGCCCAUGCGUAUGCUGUUUAUGGGGAGACGGUUGAGCAGUUAAGGCGCGAGGAUGAGGUGGAGGUGAAGAGGUCGGUCCUUUAG